CCCUAAAUGUCCAGACCCAGCCAUUCUGUUUGUGGUUGAGGUGGAUGCCUUGGAGUGUGGCAUAGGAGCUAUACUGUCCCAGGUUGUGGGCAGUCCUCCCAGGCUGCACCCUUGUGGCCAUUGUUCAAGGAAAUAAUGAUGACAUAAGAAAUGGGGAACCGUUUGUCAUGAAAGCCGCAUUUGAAGUGGAAGCACUGGUUAGAGGGGGCCAAGCAUUUCUGGUUCUAAAAACCACAAGAACCUAGAAUCUAUCAGCGAGGUCAAACACCUGAGCCGUCUACCAUCGGCACAGGGAGUAAAAAGUGAAGAGUUUAUUUCAGACUUUCAGAUUUCAAACUCACACUUCUGUACUGACGUGUGUGAACUGUGAAAGGAGGAAACUGUUCGAGGAGGAAGGAACUGGGUUUUUAUUCUUCUGUGAAAGUGUGACAGCGACUAGAUGGCAGUUCCUUUUUGUUGGCUCAUCAAAACUAAAGCCAGACAGAGCUACUACUGCACUCCGUACAGACAGCAGACCAUGAAGCUUCUCCUUUUAAUGAGUCUUCUGAUCUACAGCUCCAUACAAACAGCUCAGACUGAGACUCUACAUGUGAGUCAGACAGAGGGAAGAAUCAUCGUCCUUCACUGUGGAAGACUAACUAACGGUAAAGUGACGUGGAGCAGAGACACCAACGGACAGAGAGUGGACAUUCUGACCACUCAUAACGGAGAGACGAGCAAACACAUCGCUGAUCCAGACAGACGUUACGGCUCACAAGCCAAUCUAGCGCUGAUUAUAGUCACAGUCUCUCAGACAGACGCUGGUAGAUACGACUGCAGUGGAGCUACAGUGGAGCUCAAUGUAACUGAAGAGACUCUACAUCAGACUGAGAAAGAGGGAAACACCGUCGCCCUUAAAUGUGGAAGACUAACUAAGGGCCCAGUGACCUGGAGCAGAGACACCAACGGACAGAGAGUGGACAUUCUGACCACUCAUAACGGAGAGACGACCAAACACAUCGCUGAUCCAGACGGACGUUACGACUCAAGGAAAGAUCUAGUGCUGAUUAUAUACGGAGUCUCUCAGUCAGACGCUGGUAGAUACGACUGCAGUGGAGCUACAGUGGAGCUCAGUGUGACAUCAGGAACCCCAACAUCAGCCCUUCAAACCCCGUCUAAUGAAUCAAUCAACAUCACAAGUGAGGGAACAGAUAAGUCAGCACCCACAUCUACUACAUCAAGCAACAACAAAAAUGAGGAAAAAGCAACAUCAACCCUUCAAACCCCGUCUAAUGAAUCAAUCAACAUCACAAAUGAGGAAGCAGAUAAGUCAGCACCCACAUUUACUACAACAAGCAACAACAAAAAUGAGGAAAAAGGUACAAAUAACAUAACCGCAUCCAUAACUGCUACAGAAGCUGCAACAACUACACCAACAUCCAAAACUAACAUCACAGGGACAAACGCUACCGAAACUGCAACGACUACAUCCACAUCCACAACUAACAUCACAGGGACAAACGCUACCGAAACUGCAAUGACUACACCCAAAUCCACAACUAACAGCACAGGGACAAAAGCAACCGAAACUGCAACAACUACAACCACAUCCACAACUAAUAAAACGAACAGAACAGGCACAACGGCACCAAAAACUGCAACAAAUACAACUCACCAUUCAUCUGGAGGAACAACUCAAGUUUCAGCUCUAUGGAAUGUCCUGAUCAUAGCAGGUUCCUGUCUGGUUGCUGUGGCUCUGGUUCUGUUCCCAUGGAGAUGUUUUCACAAAAGAAAAGAGGACUGUGAGAUGCCGUAUGACGACGUCUACACUACCAUUGAAUACGUCGCCUUUAAUAAAGAACAAACAGGAGCUGUUUGUGUACAGACUCCACGGACUCGUCUCAUCAGCUAAUCAGGAGGAAACAUCUAUGUCAUACAUUUUAAUCCAUUAACUUUGAGAAAUCUCAGGUAGAAGGAAAAGGACAGGAAUACUAAAACCCACAGAAAUCACAAACACAUUGUUCAAUUCUGAAUUUAAUACAACUUUUAUUCUGUUAAACCUCACUGUAUAUUCUUUUCCUUACCAACUGUUAGUUUUCUCCUUGUAUUUUAUUAAUUUAGAUGUUUUAG